AUGGCUGAGCAUGAAGUUAGUCACGGUCGCGGAGGCGCUGGAAAUAUCGGAGCUGAUCCCACUCAAUAUGUCGAUGGGGAAAUCGUGCGUCAAGGACCCGCUGGCGAUCACGGUGAUGGAGCAUUUAGCGUCGGUCGUGGUGGUGCCGCCAAUAUCGGCUCACCUGGUCUACCGGCUACCAAACGAAACGACGCGGAUGUUGUUCCAGAGGUUGCGUUGAGACCUAGUAGCGAGGGCGAUAAUGUGCAUUUUGGACGAGGGGGCGAGGGAAAUGUGGUUAAUGUGACGAAGCCGGGUUUGGAACAUCCGGUGGGUUUGGCGGAUAAGUUGAAGAAUAAAUUGUUUAAGAAGAAGGCGCAUGCGGCUGAGAAGUGA